AUGGAGCCCUCCCCCGUCGGCGACGGCGGCUCGGCGGAGCGGUGGCGCGCGGAGGCGGCGCGGGCGUUCCAGCACUACCUGGACCGCGCGGCGCCGCACACGGCGGGGCGGUGGGUGGGCACGCUCGUGGCCGCGGCGGUGUACGCCCUGCGGGUCUACUACGUGCGGGGCUUCUACGUCGUCACCUACGGGCUGGGCAUCUACCUGCUCAACCUCCUCAUCGGCUUCCUCUCCCCCAUGGUCGACCCGGAGCUCGAGGCGCUCGAGGCCGGGCCCGGGCUCCCCAGCCGCGGCUCCGACGAGUUUAAGCCCUUCAUCCGCCGCCUCCCCGAGUUCAAGUUCUGGUAUGCCAUCACAAAAGCGUUCUGCAUUGCUUUUGUCAUGACCUUCUUCUCUGUAUUCGAUGUUCCUGUCUUCUGGCCAAUACUUCUCUGCUAUUGGAUUGUGCUCUUUGUCCUGACAAUGAAGCGACAGAUUGUCCAUAUGAUCAAGUACAAGUAUGUCCCGUUCAGCAUUGGAAAGCAGAGGUAUGGCGGAAAGAAAGGCCCUGCAGCCCGUGCAUCUAAAGACUAA